CAUAUACACAUUAUUUUGUUGAUAUAAAACUAAAAGAUUCACGGUAACACUGCAAUGAAAUACUGUUUGUGAAAAUCCUGGUGUUGACGGAAAUGGAGGUACAAGUUUGGUUAUGUCUGUGUUUUUUACUUCAUUGCACAAUACAUGCAACAUCUUAUUCGGGAAAACUUUUGUACUCAACAUACUCUUUAAUUAAGGAAUUCGAUGUUGAUACACGCAAUGUAACUAUCCUGUUAGAGCUUGGAAGUAGUCAUGUGUUUGCCAUAGACUAUGAUUACAAAAACAGAUUCAUUUAUUUUCCAAGAUACAAUACAUUUUAUGACAUCGUUCGAUUUGCAUAUCCUUCAAAGAUUAUAACAUUGCAGACAAUUGUCAAGACAAGUUCAUAUUCAUCAGGAAUAGCUGUUGAUUCAGCAACUGAUCAUAUCUACUGGACUGAAGUUCAUGGUCUACUCUCAAAAUGCAAUCUAGUUGGAAUUAAUGUAGCAACUGUUGUAUCUUCACUAAACAAUCCUUGGGUGAUACGACUUGAUAUUACAAACAGGUGGAUGUAUAUAGUAGAACAUUAUAUAGGAAUAUUGAAGUCUACUUUCGAUUUAUCUGAAAAGCGGACGAUCGUUAACUUCACAUCAACACCUGUUUAUUGCAUGGAUAUAGACACUGAAGAGAACAGACUGUAUUGGAUUAAUCACGAUGGUGACAUGAAAUCAUGUAAAGACGAUGGCUCUGAUGUUAAAACAAUACUUUCAACAAACAUAAGUAGAAGCUACUUAGCUAUCAGUGUCGUCGGUAGUAACAUAUAUUAUGCAAAUGACAAUCAGUUGGUAAUGGUAACUAAAACACCAGGAUCCACGCCGACUAUUCUGUAUAACGAUACCAACAGGAUUGACAGUAUAUUUAUGUUCAAUUUAUCAGGUAUGUAUAUAACCAUCUAUAAUCACGUAUAUGUUCACAAUAACUGAAAAGUGGUCGUUUGCGUUUGAAAAUAGAUUUAAUGUUGAAAUUACAAUGUACAUUCUG